AUGAAACAACGCAUGCAUGAGCAGCUGAGUGUAGCCACUGUGGUUCUGCUCUCUACCAAUGAGUUUUUUGAGAAGAAAAAACAGGGAACCCAUAAAGAUGUGGCUGUCAAUGGAUCGGCAAAACGUCAAAAUAGGAGUAACUCUGAUGGCAAACAAACCAUCCCUAACACCAAUCCUUAUGAUGAACUGGUCGAAGAGAUUAAGGAUAAGUUGGGCAAUGCUGCCACAGCAGCUCAGCUCAAGGGCCUGCUUUCCACCUCAACCCUUCAUUCCAAGGACGUGAUGAACGCCCUCUUUGAGGCUCUCUUUGAUGAGCAGUGCUGCGGUGUCUAUCAUGGAGAUGAGCAGCAUCAGCUCUAUAAUGGAGAUGUCCUUGAGGAAGAAACCAUUCUCCAGUGGUACUAUGUAGCUGUUGCCGGUGGCAAGAACUCUGAGAUCCUGCAGAAUGCCAAGCGAUUCUUGGAGGGUCUCCAGAGUGCCGAUUAUGAAUCUGAGCAAGAGUGA